GGGCAGUAUUGCAUGCCGGGAGAGGUGUGUUGGCCAUGUGGUAACGACAUUAUAGCAUUCAGGGAUUCAUUGGACGGCAAUUUCUACAAUUUCUGGAAUGAUGGCUAUGACGAUGCGUCCUUUGUGAAAAACUGGGAUUAUAUCACCAAACCGGCCUUUGUUGUACGAGCCAACACAACGGCCGACAUCCAAAAGAGCAUUUUGUUUGCAAGACGGUUCCACAUCCGCAUGUCGUUCUUGUCUUCCGGUCACGAUUAUAUUGGAAGAAGUACUGCUCUGGGGUCGUUGAUGGUGAGGAUGGACAAUCUAAGAGAGAUCACGAUAUUUCCCGAGGAUUCGACUUCCCCAAGUGGAGCCUCUAUGAUCGCACAGACUGGAAUCAACUGGGGAUCACUUUAUGAACAGAUUGAUUCGUAUGGGUUGAUGGCGGUUGGCGGAAGUUCCCAUGGAGUGGCUAUGGGCGGAUGGUUUAUGGGAGGAGGACACAGCCCAAUAACCAGGAGUUACGGACUGGGUGUUGAUAACAUCCUCUCGUACAGAGUUGUUUUGGUUGAUGGUCGCAUUGCCAAUGUUUCUGCUGCAGGUAUUCGUUUUGAGGAUGACACAAUCGAUCCGGAUACUGAUCUCUGGUGGGCGCUGAGGGGUGGUGCUGGGGGGACGUUCGCAAUCGCCACACACUUCCAUUUCCAGCUUCACAGACAACCUUCUCAGUUCGUCAGCUUUGGGUUGGCUUUCCCCCUGUACCAUCCUUCAGACGGCACGUUCAUAGGGGAACAGGUUAUGGACUUUUGGCACAACUACCUUGCGACUAAUUUGUCCAAUACGUGGGGAGGUUAUAUAUUUUAUCACAACCAGGACUUCUCGGAGGAUUAUAAUCAAAUCGUAAGGGGGAGAAUCCUGUUUGCUCUGUUACAUGCGGGACCUUAUGAGCAAGCUGAAAAGACGAUCAACGAUCUGUUAGCGUUCCAUCCUGAAUGGCGACUGCCGGGAAACUGGGUCAGGAACUACACUACGUUUUGGGGUUACUCCGAGUCUAACGCAGACGAUUUGAAUGGCCCCACGUAUAUCGUGAAUAGGUUUGUCCAACCUGCUGACCUCGUUGGCCCUGGGAUCACUCCACUAACAAGAGCAUUUAAGAAUUAUUACGCCCAAGACGAACAGCCCUUGGAGAGAAUCAUAACCUGCACUCAUUGUCUCGUUGGUGAGAAAAGUACUGAAAUAGGAACAGCGGAUACUGCUGUACAUCCUGGAUUCCGCUCUGCCUUGAUUUCCCUAACUUGUGGAUGGGGCUGGCUUUUGCCAGACGGUCGGGAGAAUGUAUAUGGCUACAUGAAGAAUUUCACGCAAGAACUCUACCAGAUCGGUGAAGGUGUCUAUGUUAAUGAACCCGAUCACGACCUUGUAAAUUGGAAGACAGAUUACUGGGGGAGCAACUAUGCACGCUUGCUUGAAAUCAAACAGAAAUAUGACCCAGAACGAUUUUUUACUUGUUUGAACUGCGUUGGCUCUGAUUUGCCGUAUACAGGACGCCCUGGUCCAAACAUACACGACGAUUGUGAUGUUUCGUAAAACAUACACGACGAUCGUGAUGUUUAGUAAAAUCACUGAGAGGAAUCAAAUUUUAUGUACAGCUAUGGAAAGCAAGUCAAAUAAAUUAUCAUGAUAC